AUCUCAAAAAAGUACAUUACAUUACAUUCUAUUCUCUCUCACUCCUCUUUAAAUUUGUCCCUCUCUCUCUCUUAACUAUAGAGACCAACAAUAUUAUGAUGCAUAAUACUUGUAUCAGCAUCCCUCCAUUGGCACAGACCAUUGAUGGGGAUGGCUUAUUUGAUCACCGUUGCAUAUGGGUCAACGGCCCUGUGAUCGUCGGAGCCGGGCCCUCCGGGUUGUCGGUUGCGGCUGCUCUCAAACAACAAGGCGUCCCGUUCGUCGUCGUUGAUCGAGCCGACUGCAUUGCCUCUCUUUGGCAACACCGUACUUAUGAUCGUCUCAAACUUCACCUCCCUAAACAGUUCUGUCAACUUCCAAACUUCCCUUUCCCGGAGGAGUUUCCCUCUUACCCCUCCAAGUUUCAAUUCAUUUCUUACUUGGAAUCCUAUGCCAAGCAUUUUGAUAUCGCCCCACGCUUCAAUGAGACCGUGCAGUCCGCCAAGUAUGACCAAACCUUCGGCUUGUGGCGAGUCAGAACCGUUUCGAUGACUCCGAAGCCGAUCGAAGUCGAGUACAUUUGCCGGUGGCUGGUGGUUGCCACUGGCGAGAAUGCUGAGAAGGUGGUGCCGGAGUUCCAGGGGAUGGAGGAGUUUGGUGGCCAUGUUAUGCAUGCUUGUGAGUACAAAUCCGGGGAGAGUUACCGUGGGAAGCGGGUGCUCGUCGUCGGGUGUGGGAACUCCGGCAUGGAAAUCUCGCUUGAUCUUUGUAACCACAACGCCAAACCAUCAAUGGUGGUCCGGAGCUCGGUUCAUGUAUUGCCAAGAGAAAUACUUGGAAAAUCGACUUUUGAAGUAGCCAUUUCACUGAUGAAAUGGCUGCCACUUCGUAUGGUGGACAAGAUGCUGCUGAUCUUUUCCAGAAUUGUUCUUGGGAACAUUGAGAAGUAUGGACUUAAAAGGCCCUCGAUGGGGCCUUUACAGCUGAAGAACGCCGCCGGGAAGACGCCGGUGUUAGAUAUCGGAGCAUUGCAGAAGAUUAGGGCCGGUGAGAUCAAGGUGGUGGCCGGAAUCAAGAGAUUCCGGCAAGGUGCGGUGGAGCUAGUCAAUGGAGAAGUUGUAGAGAUAGAUUCUGUAAUUCUAGCUACUGGGUAUCGCAGCAAUGUUCCUUCUUGGCUCAAGGAAAAUGAGUUCUUUACCAGUGAUGGGAUUCCAAAGAGUCCAUUCCCAAAUGGUUGGAAAGGCAAAGCUGGACUUUAUGCUGUUGGGUUCACAAGAAGAGGCCUCUCUGGAGCUUCAUUGGACGCCAUUAAUGUAGCUCAGGACAUUGCCAGGAGCUGGAAAGAAGAAACAAAACAGAAGAGAAAAUCAGUUGCAGCUCGCCAUAGAAGAUGCAUUUCACAUUUCUAA